AUGCAGGAUGUCGAACCGCAAGGUGAACAAGCUCAGGAUCAUCCCGAGUGGGAGGCUGAUUCGUCGCCCUAUGAGUCUUCUUCUGACUCAAGCAGCUCCGAUGAUUCGGACGAUUCAGACGACGACUCUGAUGAUGGGAAGACCUUGUUGAACCCUGAGGAAAUGGCGCGUAUUCUUAUGGAGGCGGCGUCAGAUGAUGAGGGCGAAGGCAAGGCAAAGGGUUCGGCAUCUGGCGCACAACUACGCACCAAGAAUGAAGUUGCCGAAUACGUCCCUCCUAAACCUGACGUGGAGAUAACAUCUGAUAUGGAGAUCAAGCCUCUGGGAGAAAUCGAGAUCAUCGUUGAGAACGCUGUUCUCAUCAAGGCCUACACAUCUGGCGAAUAUGUAGUUCUCGAUUCUGGUACAGUUCUUUGUACUGAGGAUAGAACUGUCAUUGCUGCUGUUGCAGAUACCAUUGGCAAUGUGCACGAACCUCGAUACAUUGCGCGUUUCACCGACGAGGAGGAAAUCAAGACGUUCAACCUCACACUAGGAACAAAGAUCUUUUAUUCGCCCGAGCACGCCGACCGUGUAUUUACCCAGCCGCUGAAGGCAAUGAAGGGCACCGAUGCUAGUAACCUCAAUGACGAGGAGCUCGGCGAGGAU